AGGACAGGGGGCGAAGAGAGAGAGUUAAUUGCAGCAUUAGCUCAUUACCUGUGUCUUCUUUUCCUCAUUUGCUCCCUAUGCUCUGAGAGUGUGGUCCAGCCAGAUCCAGACUGCAUGACAGAGACUAGAACAGAUCUGUCAUCCUAGGACUAAAGUAUCAGCAAAAGGAUAUCAUCUAGAGGAUUCAGAAGGUCUUAUUUUAUUUGCCUUAUAUUCCUGCGGUAACUGGGAGCUACUCAGUGGAUGAGAAAUGGACUUCAGAAACUGCUUCACUGGAGGGUAAGUUCUGGAUCCGUCACUGCAUUAAUCCAAGUGGAAGUGUUUAAUCAAGGAUCAAGAGUGAUUGCUCUCCUGGAAGGACUUAGACACUCCUGGAUCUCUUCCUGUGAUCUAGCUGUGGAUAGGACUUUUGUGAGCAGAUCUUCGGUCUGUGGUGCAAGGGUAGUUUUUAGGAGGGGACGGUGAGACCUCAGAAGCAUGCAGCCUGUGUCUAGUCUAAGGGGCAACGGACAGGGAGAGGGCACAUUUCACGAGCUCUUGCCCAGAUCAGGAAUGGUUGCUGGGGGUACAGGAUCAGGAGGAUCAGGUUCUUUUUCUGGGGGCCUUCAGGGUCCUCAGAGACACCCGAAAUUUCCUCGAGAGCUCAGCCUGGAGGAGCAACAGGAGCUCAGACGGAAAAUCAACAGCCGUGAGAGAAAGAGAAUGCAAGACCUAAAUCUGGCCAUGGAUGCUUUGCGGGAGGUGAUGGUACCGUACGCUUCCUCCCCAACCUCAUCCUUGGGUGCAGGAGCAGGGCUGCAACAUCCUUAUCUACCCCUUGGAGCUUCUCCGAAUGGCCGUCGUCUUUCCAAGAUCUCCACGCUGGUCUUGGCCCGCAACUACAUCCUGCUCCUUGGCUCCUCCCUCCAGGAGAUGAGGCGGCUGCUAGGUGAGGUCAGUAUCGGGGGGACUGUACCACACCUGCUCCUGACAGGAGGGUGGCCAUUUCUCACUGGGCCAGGACAGCUCUUGCUCAGUUCACCAGAGCAGCCACUUGGACUGGCCCCGUGUUCUUCACUGCCACUGAAUGGUGCCCCAGUCCCGGAGGAGUCCACAGCAUGGGGUUCACGUGGGGUGGCAGGAACACCACUAUGCCCCUGUCGAGUGUGUCGGGUACCCAGAGUAGUACAUGAAACUCCUACAUCUCGCUUCCAGAAAUGAGCAUCAAAAACUUAUGUGUGAAUGACAAUAUUUGCUUGUUUUGGGGGUCUUUUUAAAAUAAUAAUAAUAAUAAUAAUAAUGCGUUCAUACAAGCAAGUCAGCUACCCACUCUCUUUCUGGUUUUCAUACUGCCUUUCUCGUUGACUUUUUUAACUUUUGAUUCGGUGAAAAAAACGUUGUUUGAAAAAAUCUAAAUUCAUUAUAAAACAAUGUAGUGUUAUCCAAUCAAAACAAAUAGAGCAAUAUUACAAACAUUUAUUCGGUUAUUUUUAUUUAAAGGGUAUUUUGACAAAAUACACUUAUUCUGGAAAUGAAUUUUAAUAGGUCCAAAAUCUUACAGUUAGUUAAAUGUGCAAACAUGGGAAAACGGCAG